UCAUCUGGAGUAGAACAGCCCAAGUUUGCCCUCAGCUUCAAAGAUGACAUGGAUAAUGCAGAUGACUUCAUUGCAGCCCAUCGUCUUUCAGACAAGCUUUUGAAGAUUAAUCUGGAUGAGAGUGCAUCCACAAAUCAAGGCUCCAUGCUGGGCCUUGGUACUACACAGGCAGGCUCAGUAUGUGGCCAUCCCACAGAACUUGGAACAGAUCUGUCAACAGGGCUUCUGACAUUUGCUCAUUUUGGACAUAAAGAUAUCACAGACAAAAAGUCCAUACAGGCUCAGGCCUUACCAGCUAGAGUUGAAAACAACCAGGUGCUGAGUGAAGGAGUGGGCAGUGACCAUUUUAGUGACAGCAACUCAAGCUUCCUGGCCAAUGAGAAGCUCAUGUCUGUGGAUAGUAUGAAUAGCGACCUAACAGAUGAUGACAUUGAUGUAAACAACCUGCCUGAUGAUGAGCUGGAGCUGUACUUCAAUAAGCUGGUCCCUCCUGCUAUGCAGAGAGGCAGAGUGGAGGGCCAGGAGAUUCCUGCAACUGGAGUGCCAGGUGCUGCUGAUGUCCUGUCCAACCCAAGUUCUACAGAGCCUGAACAGUACAGAGAUCAAUUCCUUGAUCAGUCUGAUCAGAAACAAAUUUCCCGAGCGUCUUAUGGAGGAGGUGGGGAUGGGAGCAGUGGCAGUGAAGAAAGUGGAAACGAUGGAGGAGUGUCGACCAUGCCUCUUCCAGCAGCAACUAAUGUCCAGACCACCUACGAUGCCCUGCGUGGGUUGGGGAUUGUGGGUAGCAGUGCUGUUGGUCAAGAUGAGGACGAUAAUCUGAAUGGUCUUCCAGUACAUGGAAGAAUCAGCCUUCCCAGACAUACAAAGAUGGGUGACCGUGUGGGUCCUGUUGGAACAGGAGAGACCAGCUCCUCUCUGGGGAUGUCUGGGGCAUCUCAGAGGCUUCCUCAUGUCAGCUGGAGCAAGGCCCUGGACAGACAGGAGGCACUGUAUGUUGUCACCACCUUCAUCUGCCGGACGUCUCGCAAACAGACAUCCUGGUUACGACCUUUCUCCUCAGGAGCUGCACAUCCAGACAGCAGUGAUGGCCCCAGUUCUGAUUCAAGCUUGGCUAAUCAGAGCUAUGCGCUCCCUGACAAUAACAGCAGUCCACUGAUGCUUAGUAUCAGUACAAUUGCUUCAGCCAUUGCGGAUGCAUCCAUCAGUAAUGACCCAUCACAGCUGGCUGCCAUGAUCAUGGAGCUGUCCAAGAAGAGUAGGGCGAGGAAUCGUGCAGAGUCUGCAAAAGCGGGACCUGCUGGCAGCAGCACUGAGGAACCUACCUCAGCUCUGCAUAUCCUCCCUGAGCCAGAUCAGAGUGCCAUUUUAGACACACUGCAGAGAAGCACGUGUGUAGGAGAGAUGAGUGGCUUUGAUAUGGAGAAAUACUUGAAAAAGGUUGAUGUUUCUGGCAGCAGUGAUUCCUUGGGGGCUCACACCACCCUUGAAUUGAGCAGCUGGGCUAACAAUCUCAGCAGCUCUCAGAGGAACCCUCAGACAGGACAUCCUGAAAAAUGGGGGAGCGCAGCUCAGCACGUGGAAAGUAAGACAAGCGUGAUGGAGAAAGACAUCAGGGGAGAGUCAACGAUGGCGCCCGGCAGCUCUAUCCCUCAACCGUCACUGAGCUCUGCCAGGAGAUCUGUGGGCUCUUCCACACACAAACCUCCUGCAGACACAGUGUUAUCUCAUGCUGCUUCCUCAGCCACUACCUGUGCUUCAUUAGGUGGAAUCAAGCCAGCAGAAGUGAACAUACAAGCAUCCAACGGUAGCCCCUCUAAAACCCCACACAAAACUAAUAAAAGCUCUGCUGCUUCACCUGGCUUGCUCAGAACCUCCCCUGGCUGUAUGAAAGGGCAGUCAGUCCUCCCUUGCCAUAAAGGUUCCUCUCCUUACUCAAAGCACCUCUCUGAGUCUAAUGUAAGGCAGCUCACUAAAGUGGACUCAGGAUAUUGUAGCAAUCUGAACAUUCAACAGACCAGCAGCUCCACAGCUCCUCAGAGCUCCCAGCAGUGGGGUACUGCUAGCUCAGUUUCAUCGUCGGUGUACACCGGAGGCCUCGGUAUGCCUCCAACCUUUUCAUCGGACGGACUUCACUAUGUGCCCAUCCCCAGCUUUAAGCCUCAGUGUCCUGGCACGAUUGACCUUCCCCACCAAGGAGAUGUGCAGUCUCUCCUCACUGGACGCGCUCUCUUCAACUCUCAGCUGGCUCAGCAGUAUUUGGGACCUGAAGCUCCACUACAUCCAGCUGCUUAUGUGGGAGCAACAGAAAGCGGUCUCUAUACCGUUGCCUCAAAUCCAGAAAGCUUCAUGGUCUGGGUUCAUUUCAAGGCCCCUCAGAAGUAUACAGCUUCUUCUGGAGAACUAGGUCCAGCUGAUGAGUACAGUGCCCGUGUGGACAUUGAAGUGGACUCCCCUGGUCCCAGUUGUGUGAUCAGGAGCAUUCCCCUCAGGGCCAGGUCUGGAACUGCAAGGGUCCAUGCUCCUAAAGAUCUGCAGGUAACUAAGCUGCUCCUUCUCACCAUUUUGGUGCUGCUGUCCGGCCCUCAGUAUGAGGUAUCACUGAAAGGAGAAGUAACCCCUGAGGACUCUGGAAAGCAUGCACUCCCCUCUGCAGCGGUGUGCGGCCCUGGUCUGACCAAUAACGUCCCACCAAUCCUCUCUAAUAAGCAGUUUGUAGCCUGGGGAGGAGUCACCCUGGGACGUGCCGUCCAACAGAAGCUGGUCCUUAGGAACAACUCGACUGACGCCACACAGCAGCUGCGCCUGCUUAUUCGAGGCCAAGACCAAGAUUGUUUUCAGCUCCAGAGUUUGUUCAGUCCCGAAGAACGUCUAACCCGACAUGGAGAGCUGUCCAUCCGUCCCAGAGAGGACGUGACCGUCCACCUUCUUUUCGCUCCCACCCGAGUGGCCUGCAUGUUGGCCAAGCUGGAGAUCAAACAAUCUGGAGUUAGACCUUCACAGCCCGGAGUCAAAUUCACUAUUCCACUGUCGGGUUAUGGCGGCACCAGCAACAUCAUUCUAGAAGACCAGAGGAAACGUGCAGAUGGCUACGUGGCGACACUGACCGACAUCGCUGUUGGCUGCGUGAGCAAAGUGUGUCUGUGUGUGAGGAACACAGGCUCCAGAGCUGCUUUCAUCAAAGCUGUGGCCUUCUCUGACGUGCAAACACGAUCACUCAUGGAGCCCUCAGUCAUCAGCCUCGCGCCUUCACAGUUUGUACUGAAGGAAAGAACCCAAGAGGUGAUCACUGUGCUGAUGAAGUCCACCCAAAGAGAACAGAACCUCUGUCAGUUAGCCAGUGCACUGCUGGCUACAAUCUACCUAUUCUGUGGAGAUGAGGUCUCCAGACAGCAGUACAGGAGGUUGCUUCAGAGCAAGCCGGAAGUUGCACGGAAGGCCCUGUCUGACAACAGUCUGCUGAAAAACAUCGAUUUUAAUGAGAAGUUCUUGGGAGAAGAAUAUGUUGCAGAGGCCUGUGACCUGCCCCAGCGGCCCAAUGAAGCCCACAUCUUCUACGGCAACAUGAGUAAGGUGGUGGUGUCGUUGCUCGGAAGUACUAAGAAUACAGACUUUGAGGAGAGCGAGCAUGCUCUGCUGCUACCGUCUGCAAAGUCCAGCUCAGAGACAGACAGUGGGUCUUCAAAUGGCAAUGUGUCUCUGGAUGUGCUGCCAGUGAAAGGUCCCCAGGGUCCAGCACUGAGAGUGGCAGAGCCUUCCUUAAAGGCUUCAGAGCAAUUACACAAACAGUCCGAGUCCUGGACUAUUCACCCAGAACAGCUCGUCCUUGCAGCUCCCACCAUCAAUGGUGUAUCCACCACCAGUCACGUUCAGAUCCGAAACAAUACUUCGAGAGAGCUGAGCUUUGAUUUGUCCUGGCCUGCCCACUGCCUCACGAUCACCCCACAGCAUGGAGUUAUCGAGCCACAGUGCCACCUGCAGAUCUUGAUCAGCCCAAACCCGUCAUUGGCAACUAAAUCUUCCCUGCUUCCCUGGAGUGGACAGAUUUAUGUCCAGUGUGAUGGUCAACAGAAGUUUAUUAAGGUUCAGAUCCGUCGAGACCUUGCUCUGGAUGUGUCUACAGCCCCAGCAGAUACAAGUUUGUCAGCCCUGCCUCCUCAGGCUGCUACCCCCUUGUUGCCUGUGGGCAGGCUCACCACAAGGCCAUCGCUUACCCCACAGAUGCCUCAGGCCAUGGUAGAGAUCAACAACAAGACCAUAGUCUUCCCCACCACACCCUCAGGGGAGACAUCAGAGGCCCAGCUGGAGGUGCAGAAUGGGAACGUGGAAGUGAGGUGGUACCUGUCAUCAUUUGCUCCUCCAUAUGUCAAGGGGGUUGACAACAGCGGAGACGUUUACCGGGCCACCUACACGGCUUUCAGAUGCUCCAGGGUUUCUGGAACCCUGGGAGCCCAUGAGAAGAUGCAGGUGCCCAUCACUUUUCUGCCCAGGGACAGAGGGGACUAUGCCCAGUUCUGGGACUUGGAGUGCCACCCUGUGUCUGAGCCCCAGCAGAAAACCCGAAUCCGCCUCCAGCUCUGUGGCACCGGAACAAAAUCUGGACCAGUGGGAGGACCACAGGAAGGAGACUGCUCUCUAGAGGAGGUGGUGCGGAGGGGUGUGUAUUCACCACAGGACCUGUACACCUUUCCUGCCACACGGGUGGGUGAGUCCAGCUCUCUAAAGGUCAACGUCCGCAACAACUCGUCCGACACGCAUGAGCUGAAAUUUGUAAACCCUAGCGAGCCCUUCUACAUCAAGCAUUCCAGAUAUUCUCUGAGAUCCCAGCACUAUCUGAAGCUACCCGUCCAGUUCAAGCCCAGUACCGCAGGCGGACACAGCGGCUUGCUGCUCAUCCAGUCAGAAACAAGCGGAAGUCUUGUUAUUCAGCUGACUGGUGAGGCAUUGCCUUGAAUCCACCGUUUUUAACCAUCCCACGCCACCUCGUCGUGCCGCCUGGCUUUGGGUGGUGCUCCUCUCUGUUCUCUUCACUGUGGGAGAGAUGUGAGUGACAGAAUAAAAGGCAUGAGGUCUAAGGAUCAAAUAAUGUCAGCCUCUGGAUUUAAAUCCUUCCUUGUCGUCAUGUGUGGAGAUGCACGCUAUAGCUGAUUGAGGGGGACUGACUGAGACUCCUGCCAACACAGCCCCAGCUGCCUGUGGAUAAGGCACAGGUGUCCUCAGCUGGCCGAUGGAAAAUGAUUGCGCCUGUUUGUGCCUGAAGCUGAGUAGUUUGAAUCUGUCCAGCUCACAAUUAGUCUGCACGGCCCCGGCGUUCCAGAGAGCUAAUGCAUUUUGUCACUUGACUCUGGAUCUGGUGUUUCGCUUUCUCUCUGAGUCAUGUCACAAAGUAGCAUUGCUGUUGCCAUGGUCUGUCGGACAGUAGCGGCACCAGCUGAGAUACUUUGGAAUUAAUUGGAGCUGGGCAUGCAGGAAUGCCUUUGUUUGCUGUUCGGUAACAUCACUGCAGGGAUUUUGUUUUUGGAAAAGCCACAUUUUUGCCUGUUUGUUGUGUUACAUAGUGGAUACAUACCUUUUUGUCUCAGAACUCUGUGGAGUCAUCUCUGCCAUUACCUCCUAACUGAAACAAGGACCCGAAUAGAUUUAAAGCUUCAGUUUUCCUGGAGUACAUUUUAAAACUGCUAUUCUAGCUCUGCCUGCAUCUCACAACAUUUUCCUAAUCUUCUGUACUCGUGUUUGUUUCUAUGGAGAUGGCUCUUCAUCUUGCAGGGCCCACCUGCGCAGUAGCCUUUGUCAGCACCAUGUGUUGACUUCCCCACAACCUCCAAGGCUCAUUCCAAACAGCCCAGAUGUACUUAAUUUAGUCAUGUUCAGGGCAGCUCACAGCAACAUUAGGAUGGUUAAUGAUUGUUAUUACAUGCUAAAAGAGUUUCCUCUGGUGGGGUUUUCAUUCGGCAGCUUGCCAGGUCUGUUCAGUAUGGUUGCCAUGGCAAAACAGUUGUUAAUCACUGUUCCAGUCACAGAAAAUUAUCUCCCUGUUUCCUCUUUUGGCUCUGGGGCAAAUGGCCAAAAUUGCUCAGGGGGUUUUGGAUUUGCUUCCAUAAUCAGUUUUGAUAUUGAAGGGGAUGGAAAUGGGGAAACUUUAUCAAGGAGGUGUUGUUAACCUGCUAGUGCCUCACAUUGUGACAAUACGCUGAAGAACACUAUUCUUUUGUACAGUUUUUUCCUACUUGUGUAGCGGGUUUUAACAUGAAGGCAGUGUACUGUUAAACAUCCCAACAUGUUUUGAUUUACAAUUUGCACAUGCUUUGAAUAGCAAUUAUGUAAUAUAUUGUAUGUAAUAUAUGUUUAAAUAAAGUUUUGUGACAAUUGAA